AUGGUGGAGUGGUGUUUACCCCAAGAUAUUGAUUUGGAAGGUGUGGAAUUCAAAUCCAUGGCAAGUGGGUCCCACAAAAUCCAGUCAGAUUUCAUUUAUUUCCGGAAAGGGCUCUGUUUCGGCCUGGCCUGCUUUGCCAACAUGCCUGUGGAGAGCGAGUUAGAGCGUGGUGCCCGCAUGAAGUCUGUGGGGAUUCUCUCCCCUUCCUAUACCCUGCUGUAUAGGUACAUGCACUUCUUGGAGAACCAGGUCAGACACCAGCUGGAGAUGCCAGGGCACUACUCCCAUCUAGAGGCGUUCUAUGAUGACAAGAAAGGAGUUCUCCCUGAUAGCAAGGGCACCCCCACCUCUCAGCAACCUGUCCACUGGCUGCCGUCCAUCCACAGAUACAUGUACCCAGAGAUGAAGAUCACACACCCUGCUGGCUGUAUGUCUCAGUUCAUCAAAUUCUUUGGUGAGCAGAUCCUUGUCCUCUGGAAGUUUGCCCUGCUGCGCAAGCGCAUAUUGAUAUUUUCACCGCCCCCAGUUGGAGUUGUGUGCUAUAGAGUGUAUUGCUGCUGUUGCCUUGCCAAUGUUUCUCUGCCUGGUCUUGGAGGAACUGUCCCAGAGUCCAAACCAUUCUUCUAUGUGAAUGUGGCAGACAUAGAAAUGCUGGAGACAGAAGUAUCAUAUGUGGCCUGUACAACAGAAAAGAUCUUUGAGGAAAAACGGGAUCUCUAUGAUGUCUAUGUGGACAACCAGAAUGUGAAGACACAUCAUGAACAUCUGCAACCACUCCUGAAAAUUAACAAUGCUGACAAGGAGAAGUACCGACGGCUCAAUGACCAGAGGCAGAUGUUAAUGUAUUCUCAAGAAGUGGGUGAGGAUUGUAGCUCCUGUGAAGAGGAUCUUUUCAUCUUGUUUUUCAUGGAGCAGAACAACCGCAUAUUUCAGACACUGAUGGAGGUGUCAGCCAGCCAGGACAAGACACUGACAGCUGACCACGCACGAGGCAUGGGCCUGGAUCCCCAAGGGGAUCGAAGCUUCCUUAUGGACCUGCUGGAAGUGUACGGCAUUGAUGUUAUGCUAGUUAUUGACAACCCCUGCUGCACUUAA